UGUUUGAUUAAUUAACAACACUACUAGAAAAAUAUUUUUUCCAAUUAAUGCCACACUUUAUGCAAGUUUUUGAGCACUAAAUUUCAAUUUAAAACAAUGUCAAAAGCCACAACAAUCAAGGAAGCACUGAAACGUUGGGAAGAACGUGAACAACAAAGCGCCGUCGAGUCCAAAGUGAUCGAGUUGCAAUUUCAGUGGCCGCCAAUCGAGAAAAUGGACAACACGCUCAGCAACUUGGUUAAUUGUGAACGGCUGAGUCUCUCUACUAAUAUGAUCGAGAAGAUUUUCGGCUUGAAUGGCAUGAAAAACUUGCGUGUGCUCUCUUUAUCGCGAAAUUAUAUUAAAAAUGUUUCAGGAUUGGAAGCCGUCGCCGACACACUCAUCGAGCUGUGGCUGAGUUAUAAUUUAAUUGAAAAGCUGAAGGGCCUCUCUGCAUUGAAAGCUUUAAAAAUUCUUUAUAUUAGCAAUAAUUUGAUCAAAGAUUGGAGUGAGUUUACACGGCUGCAAGAGCUCGAAGCGCUGGAAGAUCUGGUGGUGGUAGGAAACCCAUUAUCCGAAGGCAUGGAUGAGGCAACAUGGCGCGCUGAGUGUAUCAAACGUUUGCCCACAAUACGGAAGUUGGAUGGCGAACCGGUGGUCUUGAAUGAAGAACCAGUUUUAUAAAUGUGAAGUAAUUUAGUAAUAUAAGUUUUUAGGGUUAGCAUGAUAGUUUUUGAAAAUGAAUAACAACAAAGAUUCAGCAAAAUUUUUGUUGAA